GUUCCGUGUUACGUUGGACAGUAUGGCUGAAGAAAACAGAUCGCUGGAUAUUUGGCCAGAAAUUGAAAAGGCAGAAAAGGAGAAUAGGCGUGAGCUGGUGCUCCAGGGUUCAGCAGUUGACAAAAAGAUCCAGAGCAGCGGCGGACUUCACGCGCGACUUUAUUCCCUUUCGCUCCUAAACUACCUGGAGAUCAGUCAAUGUCCCAGUUUACAUGAGAUCCACGAGAACAUCAGACAUCUGUCUCAUCUACAGAGUCUGAUCCUCUGCAGGAACAAGCUCACUGCAGUCCCAAAAAGCAUUGGCGAUCUGAAGGCGAUCAAAGUCCUGGAUUUGUCUGUCAACCAGCUGCAGGCUUUGCCCGAGGAGAUCUGUGCACUGAGCGAACUCAACACUUUAAAUGUCAGCUGCAACAGCAUCACAGCUCUGCCGGAUGGUCUGAGCAAGUGUGUGAAGCUCGCCAGCAUCAACGUGUCCAAAAAUGCACUCUCGCGGCUCCCAGAUGACUUAUGGUGCUCCAACCUGGAGCUCCUCAGCACCAUCAUUGCAUCAGAAAACGCGAUAGAGGAGCUGAGCAGUGAGGUUCAUAACCUGCCUGCGCUGAAGGUUUUGGAUCUCUCCAGCAACAAGCUUCAGGAGCUUCCAUCUGAGUUGGCCGACUGCCCCAAGCUGAAAGAGACCAAUUUUAAAGGGAACAAGCUGAAGGACAAGAGGCUUGAGAAGAUGGUGAACGGCUGCCAAACCAAAUCAGUCCUAGACUACCUGAGGGCAGGGGGGAGGGGGAAAGGGAAAGGCAAGCAACAGGAUGGAGAGGUGAGCGAGAAGCUUGACUGUGGCCGUAACAUCUCAAAGAAGAAAGGCGGUGCAAAGCAGAAAGGCAAAAAAGAGGCAGAGGAUGUGGAUGAACUUAAUUGGAUGGUUGUGAGAGUUCUGCAUGUAUCCAAAGCACCCACGGCUGUUACAGUCAAAGUUUCUGCAGGCGUCAAGGAUGUCCGGCCAUACAUUGUGUGCUGCAUUGUAAAAGGCAUGAACCUCAGACAAGGAAAUGCUCUCAAGCGAUUUCUAGUUGCUCAGACCAAACUACACGAUGAGAUUUGUGCCAAAAGGACAACGGCAACCAUCGCAACUCAUGACCUGGGCUUGCUGAAGGUUCCUCUGUUGUAUGAUGCCAGGCCACGAGAUACACUGAAGAUAGUUCCUCUGGGUCGUAAGGAGAUGAGGGCAGCUGAACUGCUGGAGCUGCUUCAACAGGAAGCAGAUGAACUGAGAAAACAGAAAAAACGACAGAACGUUUCAGGACUCCACAAAUACCUUCAACUCCUUGAUGGGAAAGAUCUUUACCCCUGCUUGGUUGAUGCAGAGGAUCAUGUGGUCUCGUUCCCACCAAUCACAAACAGCGAGAGGACAAAGAUAAAGAGGUCCACACAAGAGCUGUUUUUAGAGGUGACGAGCUCCACCAGUCUGCAGAUCUGUAAAGAUGUCAUGGACGCACUGAUAAUAAAAAUGGCAGAGCUUAAUAAAUUAACCUUUGAUGUAAAGGAGGAUGUGGGCUCGGAUGAAGAGACGGAUGUGAUUUCAGAUCAUCCCGCAGAGGACCCGGCCUCCCCUGAGCUGACCGUAGUACAAGUGAAGGUAGUGGACGUAGAUGGAAACCUUAAAGUGGUCUACCCAUCAAAAACUGACCUGAUGUCUGACGUCAGCAAUCUAACAGUCAUCCGAUAACAAAAUUCAACUGUUGGUUUUCUGUCUAAUUUUGUAAUGCAUUUACCUCACUAGUUUUCUCUGUUAUCAAAUUAAAACGGCUAUUAAAACAUUAAUUCAAAUAUUGGAUUCAGUGGUCCUCAUUUACACUCCUGCCUUUUGUAUGGAAACCCGU